AUGAAUUCUACUACUACUACUACUACUACUACUACUCACACUACUACUACUACUACUACUACUCACACUACUACUACUACUACUCACACUACUACUACUACUACUCACACUACUACUACUACUACUACUACUACUACUACUACUCACACUACUACUACUACUACUACUACUCACACUACUACUACUACUACUACUACUCACACUACUACUACUACUACUACUACUACUCACACUACUACUACUACUACUCACACUACUACUACUACUACUACUCACACUACUACUACUACUACCACUACUACUACUACUACUACUACUACUACUACUACUCACACUACUACUACUACUACUACUACUACUACUACUACUACUCACACUACUACUACUAUUACUCACACUACUACUACUACUACUACUACUACUACUACUCACACUACUACUACUACUACUACUAUUACUCACACUACUACUACUACUACUGCUACUCACACUACUACUACUACUACUCACACUACUACUACUACUACUACUACUCACACUACUACUACUACUACUCACACUACUACUACUACUACUCACACUACUACUACUACUACUACUACUCACACUACUACUACUACUACUCACACUACUACUACUACUACUCACACUACUACUACUACUACCACUACUACUACUACUACUACUACUACUACUACUCACACUACUACUACUACUACUCACACUACUACUACUACUAUUACUACUCACACUACUAGUGGGCGUUGCUGA